AAAACUGUCCUCCCGGUGGCAGCUGCACCCCGGGUUCCUUCUCCACCCUUUCUUCCCGAGCCUGGGGUCCUCCUCUGCUUUUUGGCUUCCUCUUCUGUUUAGCUCCUCCCUCUGCCGGGGAUUCCCCCCUCCCUCACGCUUAUCCCUGUUGCCUCCGUCCCGAAUUAUCUUAAGUCGUCAAGCCUUUCCACAUCACGAUGCCUUUUAUAGGGUCCAUCCUUGUUUGUCUUUCCUCAUUGUCUGUGCCCCAGCCUCUUUUCCCACGGCCUCCGCCUGUAUCCCUUUUCCUGUUUUGCCCCUUCACUCCGAUGUCUCUGCAUCCCCAGCCCUUGGUUCCCGAUCCUCUGUGGCCGUCUCUUCCUCUGCUGCUUCUGAUUCCAUUACCUCACUGCCACCCACCCACCCAGCUCCUGGCUUCCAAGAAUUAUCUGUUCCUUCUCCUUAAGGGAUCUCAGGCCCUCGCCAUCAUUCCCGAAGGACUGUUUACAUUCUGCUCUGACCUUAAUCCUUUCUUCUCUAGAGUACUUUAAUGAUUCCUGUAACUUUCUUUAGCUUUUCUCGACCCUUCCUCAGAUCUCCCAACCUCUGGAGGUUUGUUCCUGUAGAAGAGAGAUCUGACGGUGCUCCUUCCCAUUCAGGAUUUCCAGCUUUGACACCUCCCUCGAGUUUCAGGGGUUUUGCUGAUCCUUGUGGUACUGUUUUCCCUGUGGUCCUUAUGUGUUCUCUGUCACUCUACCUUUACAUACCACUUAUUUCAGGAUCAGCUAAACCUUAAGCUAAGAAGAUGUGUUGGGAGGAGAGGGUGCCUCAGCUGUCACAGGCUUUUCUCUGAACAGAGGGUGUUUCAGAAGGAUGGAGCAAGUUUGAAGCAAUUCCUAUCAGAUUACACUUUGCUGGAGGAAUGAACAGGCCUGCGUGGAAACUGAAUGAGCUGCCACAGCACUGGAGGAAGGGAGCACGAUGUCAUGUGCUCAGACAAGCAGAGAAAUGGCCCACCUCAGCAGGGUUGACGAUGGUUGUUUCUGAGCUGUUUUCUUCGUGGUAAAGCCUGGUGUGGUGUUUGCUGGCCAUUAUUUUUUGGGUGCUUUGAGUCUAAAAGAGAAGCUUGGAAGCUCAAAGUCUGGCUGUGGCCAUGGGAGACACGGUAGUGGAGCCUACCCCCCUGAAGCCAACUUCUGAGCCCGCUCCUGGCCCACCAGGGAAUAAUGGGGGCUCCUUGCUAAGUGUCAUCACGGAGGGGGUCGGGGAGCUCUCGGUGAUUGACCCUGAGGUGGCCCAGAAGGCCUGCCAGGAGGUGCUGGAGAAAGUCAAGCUCUUGCAUGGAGGUGUGGCCAUCUCUAGCAGAGGCACCCCACUGGAGCUGGUCAAUGGGGAUGGUGUGGACAGCGAGAUCCGUUGCCUGGACGACCCACCUGCCCAGAUAAGGGAGGAGGAAGAUGAGAUGGGGGCCACAGUGGCCUCAGGCACAGCCAAGGGAGCAAGAAGGCGGCGGCAGAACAACUCGGCCAAACAGUCUUGGCUGCUGAGGCUGUUUGAGUCGAAACUGUUUGACAUCUCUAUGGCCAUUUCAUACCUGUAUAACUCCAAGGAGCCUGGGGUGCAGGCCUACAUCGGCAACCGGCUCUUCUGCUUUCGUAAUGAGGAUGUGGACUUCUAUCUGCCCCAGUUGCUUAACAUGUACAUUCACAUGGAUGAGGACGUGGGUGAUGCCAUCAAGCCCUACAUAGUCCACCGCUGCCGCCAGAGCAUUAACUUUUCCCUCCAGUGUGCUCUGUUGCUGGGGGCCUACUCUUCAGACAUGCACAUUUCCACUCAGCGACACUCCCGUGGGACCAAGCUGCGGAAGCUGAUCCUCUCAGAUGAGCUGAAGCCCGCUCACCGAAAGAGGGAGCUGCCCUCCUUGAGCCCAGCCCCCGACACAGGGCUGUCUCCCUCUAAAAGGACUCACCAGCGCUCUAAGUCAGAUGCCACUGCCAGCAUAAGUCUCAGCAGCAACCUGAAACGAACAGCCAGCAACCCUAAAGUGGAGAAUGAGGAUGAGGAGCUCUCCUCCAGCACCGAGAGUAUUGAUAAUUCAUUCAGUUCCCCCGUCAGACUGGCUCCUGAGCGAGAAUUCAUCAAGUCCCUGAUGGCGAUUGGCAAGCGGCUGGCCACGCUCCCCACCAAGGAGCAGAAGACACAGCGGCUGAUCUCAGAGCUCUCCCUGCUCAACCACAAGCUCCCCGCCCGAGUCUGGCUGCCCACUGCCGGCUUUGACCACCACGUGGUCCGCGUGCCCCACACCCAGGCUGUCGUCCUCAACUCUAAGGACAAGGCUCCCUACCUGAUCUAUGUGGAAGUCCUCGAAUGUGAAAACUUCGACACCACUAGUGUCCCUGCCCGGAUCCCCGAGAACCGAAUUCGGAGCACCCGGUCUGUAGAGAACCUGCCCGAAUGCAGCAUCACCCACGAGCAGCGGGCAGGCAGCUUCAGCACUGUGCCCAACUAUGACAACGAUGACGAGGCCUGGUCAGUGGAUGACAUAGGCGAGCUGCAGGUGGAGCUCCCUGAAGUGCACACCAACAGCUGUGACAACAUCUCCCAGUUCUCCGUGGACAGCAUCACCAGCCAGGAAAGCAAGGAGCCUGUGUUCAUUUGGCGCCUUUCGGAGCAGCUGGCUCACACCCCCACAGCCUUCAAACGAGACCCAGAAGACCCUUCCGCAGUUGCUCUUAAAGAGCCCUGGCAGGAGAAAGUGCGGCGCAUUAGAGAGGGAUCCCCCUAUGGCCAUCUCCCCAAUUGGCGGCUCCUGUCAGUCAUUGUCAAGUGUGGGGAUGACCUUCGGCAGGAGCUGUUGGCCUUCCAGGUGCUAAAGCAACUGCAGUCCAUUUGGGAACAGGAGCGAGUACCCCUGUGGAUCAAGCCAUAUAAGAUUCUUGUGAUUUCGGCCGACAGUGGCAUGAUUGAACCAGUGGUCAACGCUGUAUCCAUACACCAGGUGAAGAAGCAGUCUCAGCUCUCCCUUCUCGAUUACUUCCUACAGGAGCAUGGCAGUUACACCACUGAGGCAUUCCUCAGUGCCCAGCGCAAUUUUGUGCAGAGUUGUGCUGGCUACUGCUUGGUCUGUUACCUGCUACAGGUCAAGGACAGACACAAUGGGAACAUCCUACUGGACGCAGAAGGCCACAUCAUCCACAUCGACUUUGGCUUCAUCCUAUCCAGCUCACCCCGAAACCUGGGCUUUGAGACAUCAGCCUUUAAGCUGACCACAGAGUUUGUGGACGUGAUGGGCGGCCUGGAUGGCGACAUGUUCAACUAUUACAAGAUGUUGAUGCUGCAGGGGCUGAUCGCUGCUCGGAAACACAUGGAUAAGGUGGUGCAGAUCGUAGAGAUCAUGCAGCAAGGUUGUCGCCGUUGCUCAGGAGCAUCCCCGUCUGGCCCCGUGAUGACGGUGGCCCAGGUCAUCUGUUCUCAGCUUCCUUGCUUCCAUGGCUCCAGCACCAUCCGCAACCUCAAGGAGAGGUUCCACAUGAGCAUGACUGAGGAGCAGCUCCAGCUGCUGGUGGAGCAGAUGGUGGACGGCAGUAUGCGGUCUAUCACCACCAAACUCUAUGACGGCUUCCAGUACCUCACCAACGGCAUCAUGUGAUACUCUCCUCAGGCCCCAGCGCAAUGGGGGGGGGUUCAGGGGACCCUCCCUGGGAAGGCCCUUGGAGAAACCCUAAGCCAGGAAGCCCCACCCACCCAGCCAUCCACCAAGGGAAAUGGAAGGCAAGAAAUACAAAGGAUCAUGUGGUAACCGUAGAACUUGCCAGGGCAGGUGGGGAGAGCCAGCUGUGGGGUCCAGACUGACUGGGGCUUCCUUGCCACCACCCCAGCUGUGUCAGUAUUACCACCAGAUGGACUCCAGGACUCACUGCCCUCCAGAGAACAGAAGUGAUAAAUGUGGGGGGCGCUGGGGCCUCGCUUCUCCUCACCAGGGUCCGAGAGGUUCUUUCCACAGGCCAUCCUCUUCAUGUAUUCUGGGUCCCAGGAAGGAGAAGAGAGUAGGUUCUUGGUACUUAGGACUUAAUCCUGUGGUUGGCCUUUGGCCAUGCUGCUGCCUGACUGUCCCCUCCCAGGGACUGAGCCCUAGCCCAAGUUCCCCUGGGUAGGUGGGCUUUGGCAUAGGGUCCUGCACUUGCUGAGGUCCCCCAUCCCAGAAGUGAGGAAGGGAGUGAUCACAGCCCCUCCAGUCUGAGGGUACUGGCCUAGCCUCGGGAAUUCCUUGCCCUGAUCCCUUCCCCACACCCAGGGAGACAGCUCUCAAUUUUUUAAUUUUUGUUUGAAAUAAAGUCCUUAGUUAGCCAUC